AUGACUGGAACUCUUCCACGUCGUCAUGGUCUCAUCGGUGAUCAUAUUUAUAACUGGAGAGACAAUUUGAAAUUUCAAAACUUCACAGCAGAUUCAGAUUUCUCAAGAGAUUGGUGGUCCAUCGAUCCUAUCUAUGUUUCUGCACUCCGAUCUUCUGCUUCUGUCGCAAUGUUUUUCUUCCCAGAAUGUGAUGUGGAUUGGGAUGUGGCCCCUCAAAUAUGUGUACCUCCGAGAACAGAUGGAAAGACAUUUGCAGAUGAAUCACAGGCAAAACGAGUAAUUCAAGCUACGAAAGAACAUGACCUCACUUUGAUUUACCAUCCUUGGAUUGGUGAAGAGAUUCGACGAAAAGGAGUCCACCACACAAAUGAAAAACAUUCGAAAGAAGUUCUUCGAUUUGCUCAAAGUCUUGAAAGACUGACAGCUCAAGCGAGAGAAAGAGUUGAUUUGAAUGUUAUUGUUGUAUCAACACACGGGUUUAUCGAUGUUCCAAGAAAAAAUAUCCGAGUUAUCGACGAGUAUAUUCCAAUGGAAUUGAUUGAAACUACAGUAGGAAGUGGAGCAAUGAAACAAUUACAAGUGAAAAAAGGAAAAACUCAUCAAGUAUACAGUCAACUGCAUGAUCAUCAUCCCAUUCCAAAUGUACACGUUUACUAUACAAACCCAAAAUCUGGAGAUUUGCCAGAACAUUAUCAUUUCAAGAAAAGUGAUACUGUAGCUGAUUUAAUCUUAUUAGCCGAUCCUGGAUAUGCUGUGGUUACGAAAGACGAGAAAAAACAAGUUCCAAAACCGAAACUUCAUGAAAUAACUGCAGCGAUUGAUGGAUAUAAUAAUGAAUUACCUGAUGUAUUGGGAGUGUUUUUGGGUUAUGGACCAGCUUUCCGUGUUGGCUAUCGUAAAGGACCAAUCCAACUAUUCGAUGUUUAUUCUCUGAUGUGUUCUCUACUAUCAAUUGAAGAUUCCUGCAAUCAUACACCGGGUCGAAUACUUCGAAUUGAUGACGUCCUCACUUCAGAUGCUCGGGUUUCUAUUCGAAGUUAUACAUCAUCUGUAUCGUCACCACUUCUUACUGUAAUACUUGUUAUAAUGUUAUCUGUUGUUAAAUUGUUUUAUUAG